UAAAUAUAACCUUAAAAAAGUUUGAAAAGUCUAAAAACUUAUUUUACCUGAUAAUGAGCACUUAUCUUUUAUAGAAGUAGAUAAAACAAGUACAAUAUGUUUUUAAAUAAUCUUAUAAAAUGUACGUUUUGCUUACUAGCUUUAAUUAAUGCAAUAAGUGUUAAUGGGACGUUGUCACCUAAGUCGCCUAAAUCGAAAAAAGGGAAACAUUCCGUGGAUAAAGUGCACUCAGGUCCUCAAAAUCAAAAUGUGAAGGACAAAAACCUUAUAACACAAACUGUUAAAAUAGCAGAUAUUUUAAGCAAUUAUCAGGCAUUUUUUAAAGAAGUCGAUGCUUAUAGUUUUGAUGGACUUGUUUUAGGUUAUGUAACACCGUGGAAUAAUCACGGUUACGAUGUAGCGAAAAUAUUCGGCAAUAAAUUUACCCACAUUAGUCCAGUGUGGUUGCAAGUUAGAUGUAUAAAACCUGCACAAUAUGAGAUAACUGGUACUCACGAUGUAGAUAAGCAGUGGAUUUUGGAUGUUAAAAAUGCAGGCAAAGAAAGAGGAGUUAAAGUUGUUCCUAGGAUUCUCUUUGAUAAGUGGUCCUUGAAAGAUUUUCAACAACUCUUGGGUAACUAUAACGAGAUGUACGCCUUAACUGCUGCUAUUGUUGAAAGUUGUAAAAAGUAUAACUUUGAUGGAGUCGUUUUAGAGGUGUGGUCACAAAUAACAAACAGAUUUGAUGAUAGUUUACUAGUGGAUUUAAUUAAACAUAUUGGGAAGAAAUUUUCUUCUGAACAAUUGGACUUAUUUCUGGUAGUUCCUCCAAAGAGAGGUAUGCAAGAGGAAAUGUUUACUGGCAAAAAUUUUGAUGAUUUAUAUGAUUAUGUUACCGGGUUUUCUUUAAUGACAUACGAUUUUUCAAAUCCUCAAAGACCAGGUCCAAAUGCUCCUUUGCCAUGGGUUAAAGAUUGCAUUCAGUUUUUAUCAAGUUCUCAGGAAAAACGAAAGAAAAUUUUAACGGGUCUUAAUUUUUAUGGCAAUGCCUACACUCCUAAUGGGGGAAGUCCUAUUGUGGCUCACGAUUAUGUUGAAUUGCUAAAGAAUUCGCGAACUAAGGAACUGAAAUUUGAUCCAGAAUCGGUGGAACACUUUUUCGAGGCAAAGACUGAUAGUGGACGCUCAAUAGUUUUUUAUCCUACAUUACAUUCCAUAAACGAACGUAUAAAUUUAGCUAGAAAAUAUGGGACUGGAAUAUCGAUAUGGGAAUUAGGGCAAGGACUUGAUUAUUUUUAUGAUCUCUUGUAACACAUGUGUUAUUUGGAAUGUAUGUUGCCUUUAUAAAUAGAGUGAAGUAACACUA